ACGUGGACAAACUUCUGGGGAAGAAUUUUAAAAUUUUGAAACUAUCAUUCAUACUUUUACUGUGUUGAGAAACUCCUGGCGUGAUUUUUGCAAUUCGACCCUUAAAUUUCUCGAUUUCUCGUAAUUUAAGUAUCAUAGUUUCGUAGUUGCUCCAUUAUCCAAACCUUGGGAGAGAAUGGGAAGCAGCGGCGAUGAUACACCAGUGGUGCUCAUCACGGGAUGUUCUCAAGGAGGAAUCGGCCACGCGCUAGCGCGUGAGUUCUCGGCUAAGAAUUGUAGAGUGGUGGCGACGAGUCGAUCGCAGAGCACGAUGAUCGAUUUGGUGAAAGAUCCCAAGUUUUUCGUGGAGGAGCUCGAUGUUCAAUCGGAGCAGAGCGUGAGUAAAGUUGUCUCUAAAGUUAUCGACGAAUUUGGUCAGAUCGAUGUAUUGGUUAACAACGCCGGAGUUCAGUGUAUCGGACCUCUCGCUGAGAUGCCAAUCUCAGCCAUGGCUAACACCUUCAACACCAAUGUCUUCGGUUCUAUGAGGAUGACUCAAGCUGUAGUACCUCACAUGGCGUUUAAGAAAAAGGGAAAGAUUGUGAACAUAGGAAGUAUAAGCAUAAUGGCACCAGGACCAUGGGCUGGUGUUUAUACUGCAUCAAAAGCUGCUCUUCAUGCUCUUACAGAUACAUUAAGGUUGGAGCUUAAGCCAUUUGGGAUUGAUGUGAUCAACAUUGUUCCAGGAGGUAUUCAAUCAAACAUAGCUAACUCAGGGUUAUCGAGUUUCAAUAUUUUACCUGAAUUGAAACUCUACAAACCGUUUGAGGAAGCUAUCCGUGAGAGAGUGUUUCUGUCGCAAAACAUAAAGCCAAUACCUACAGAGACAUUUGCGAAACAGACUGUUUCCGUUGUGCUCAAGAAUAAUCCGCCGGCUUGGUUCUCUACAGGAAGGUUGUCGACCGUCAUGGCGAUCAUGCACCAUAUGCCGAUCUUCAUCAAAGAUUUCCUGUUGACUAAGAGCUUUAUGAAGAAGGGUGUCAAACCUGAGUAGAGAGAGAGUAGUGUCCUUGGUUAUAAAAGAAACUGUUUGAAAUGUAUCCAACAAGUGAAUAUGUUGCCUAACCAUGUUUAUAUCGUAAAGCACUGAAGCCAAGAUCGUCUAGACCCUUAUACUUUGGUACAAACAUUUAUACGGAAAAUAUCAGAUUAUGUUUUAUGCAA